GCCUGUAACAUUUCGCAAGCUGUGUGCGAGCUCUGUCACUGUCACCUCCGAGGUCCAGAUCCCUGCAUCCGCAGCCGUCCGCACCGUCAGCAGCAUCUGAAAUCAUGGAGCAUAUUGUGGAAAGGGCAAGAAAGGCAUUUGCCACUGGAAAGACGCGUUCCUUAGAUUUCAGGGUCCAACAACUACAAGCCUUGAAGAGAAUGUUCACUGAGAAAGAAGAAGAUAUUAAGAAAGCAUUAAAAGCAGACUUAAAUAAGAAUGCCAUUUCAUCAUAUACCUAUGAAAUCAUGGGAAUGUUUGGGGAAAUUAACUUGGCAUUGGAGAAACUUUCCGAAUGGGCAGCACCUCGUCAUGUUGAAAAGAACUUAAUAACCAUGAGAGAUGAAGUGUAUAUUCAGUAUGAGCCUCUUGGAGUUGUCCUUAUAAUCGGUGCUUGGAAUUAUCCUGUAGUAGUCCUUCUCCAGCCUCUGGUGGGAGCCAUAGCAGCAGGUAAUGCUGCCGUGCUAAAACCAUCAGAAGUUAGUGAAAACACGGCCAAACUCCUGGAGAAAAUUAUUCCUCAAUAUUUAGAUAAGGAGCUGUACCCAGUGAUAACCGGUGGGAUACCAGAGACUACAGAACUGCUUUCUCAAAGAUUUGACCACAUAUUUUAUACCGGAAAUACUAAUGUUGGGAAAAUAAUCAUGUCAGCUGCUUCUAAGUUCCUGACACCAGUAACCCUUGAGCUGGGAGGAAAAAGUCCAUGUUAUAUUGAUAAGGACUGUGAUAUUGAUAUUGCUAGUAGACGCAUAACAUGGGGUAAAUUUGCCAACUGUGGACAAACGUGUAUUGCCCCUGAUUACAUCCUCUGCGACAAAUCUAUCCAGGGAAGACUCGUAGAAAAGAUCAAAGAAACUAUUAAUGAGUUUUAUGGUGACGAUGCAAAGAAUUCUCCUGAUUAUGAAAGGAUCAUUAAUAAGCGGCAUUUUAAGCGUCUACUCGAACUGAUGGAGGGAGAGAAUAUUGUUAUUGGCGGGGACAAUGAUGAGUCAUCUUGUUAUAUAGCACCAACGGUCCUGGCUGAUGUGAAACCAGACUCUAAGGUUAUGCAAGAAGAGAUAUUUGGACCUCUACUUCCCAUUGUAUCAGUUGGGAGCUUGGACGAAGCCAUCGAGUUCAUAAAUCAGAGAGAGAAACCUCUUGCUCUUUAUGUAUUCUCAAACAAUAAAAAGGUCAUCAAGAAGAUGAUUGCUGCGACAUCCAGUGGAGGUGUUACUGCCAAUGAUGUCAUCAUGCAUUUUACAGUCAUAGAAUUGCCAUUUGGAGGUGUUGGUCACAGUGGCAUGGGUGCUUACCACGGUAAACAUACAUUUGAAACCUUCUCCCAUAAACGCGCUUGCCUUAUCAAGUCCCUUGCCAUGGAAGGAGUGAAUCAGAUCAGAUACCCUCCAUUCACUGAAAAGAAACUAGGGUGGGCGAAGUUCCUUCUAAUGAAUAAAUUCAAUAAGAGGAAGAUAGGACUACUUCUCCUCCCAGUGCUGGCUGUGAUUGCUGCAGUAGUCAUAAAGUUGAUCUAAUGCUGAAAUCUGCAAAUCUAACAAGGAUGGAAGCUUCCUGAUGUUGAUUCAUUUAAAAUCUGUCCAUCUAUGUAAUAUCAAUACAAGGAUAAAAGAAUGUUGCACUUUGAA